AUGCACUGCGUCAUCUUCCUCAUCACUUUGGCCUCCUUAGUCAUCCGUCAAGCCGUCGGCGGGUCUGCCCUCAUAAUCGCCGAGAAGCUUCAUGCCGCCGAUGGUGGUUAUUGUCAAAGUCUUUGUGAUGCAUCCCCCGACUGCAUCUUCAGCUACUGUGGUGACGACAACAUAUGCCAUGACGUGGGCUCUGCUGCUUCGAGCGGAGCUGUCCCAUGCGGUGCUGCGGUAACGUCGUUUGACAGCUGCUCCUCUGCAUGCGAGUCAGUCGCCGAUUGUUCAGCAAGUCAGUGGAAAUCUUUCUGCAAGACCUGGCUCGAUACUCCUGUUUGUUUCGGUCUCCUCCAAAGUGCCAACGGAUUGUGCUAUGAGGUCUCGGCUGGAUGUACUGGCACUGCCUAUCCCUGUCCCUGA